CUUUAGGCUCGUAUGGCCAGUCUCCCGCGCCAAGGGUCGAACCUCCGUCGCCCAAAUUCCACUUUCUUUUUUUAAGAAAUCAUGAGUUUAUCUUCAGAUUUUUGCAGAUAGGAAUAAAAAGAUGUCUAAAGUAGUCAAACGCCGUGUCUUGGGCCGGUCCCCAAGGCAGAAGAGGAUGGUUGACUUUUUCAGUAAUCCGGAGACAAAGACCUCAAAAGAAAGCAUUCUUUGCCAGGCGGAGAAGAAGAUAACAAAACCAGUUGCCACAGUAUCUCCACAAGUCAUUACACAGAAACCAGAGCCAGCAACAGUGUCCAAUUUUAUGCUCAUGGAUGAUGAUUUUGAUGACUUCUGUGACUUUGAUAUCGAGCCUACUUGUAAGAAAGGUAAAUCCCCUGUAGAAAAAAAGAGCCCAGUAACAAAUCAGGUGAAGGAGGAGGAGACAGAGGAAGAAAUCCUACCAACACAGAGCUUAGAUAAAGGUAAAUUAUCUCUAAGUAAAUCUAGCCCUGGAACAAAGGAUGGUAGUUUAAAGGAACAAAGAAAGGAAAAUGUGGAGGAGGCGGAAGAGGAAGUACCAUUACAAAGAAGAACAAGAAGGAACAACAAAAUCAUUAUCAGUUCUGAUGAGGAAGAUGACUUAGAAAACACCAUUGAGGACUGUUCGCCAGUUAAGGAUGCAUCGGAGAAGAAAACAUGUGGGAAUGAUGACGAUAUUGACUUUUUCGAUUUUGACAAUGAUGAAGAAAGUAAAGAGGGAGGAAAUGAAGAUGAUUCUGAGAAAGAGAAUAAAGGCAUCUUUGAGGCACCACCACCACAAAAAAACACGCGGUCACUGCCAAGCACCUCACUCACCUCCAAGCAUCCUCCUGACACAACAAAUGAGAUGGAUGAUAUAGACUUUUUUGAAAACAGCACAAGCCAGGUAGAUGAAAAGUUUGCAGAUGCUCCAGUCUCUUCCCCGUCAGUAUUACAAAACAUUCGGAAAACAAUUUCAUCUGUGGUCUCAGAUGAUGCACCAACUGUUAAUGAGUCUGAAAAAGAGAUGAAUGGAGAGGCCUUGCAACCGCCAAGAAGCCCUGUUUUAACUACUAAGAGACCAAAGCCUCCUGAAAGCCCCCAGGUCCCCUUGGAGCCUAGCUGUAACCAGCCCCAGAAAGUCAAACCACCAGCCAAGUCUUCCAGUUCGAGUGGCAUGUCAGUUGAUCAGAUACUCAAGCACCCUGUUUUGCGAGUAAGUGAGAUUGAAGAAGAUGAUUUUGCCAUUUUGACAAACCUGAGAUCAUCAUUAUUUACCAUGAUGUCAGAGAUGUUUAUUAGCAUUCCUGUUGAAACGCUCAAACAAGUACCUGAUUAUGAUUAUAUCAAACACAUGAAAAUUGUUAAUGCAUUCUCUAAAAUAUCUAAACUCUUUGACCGAGGAAAAGAACUAAUGUUGACCAGGAUGGAUGACUAUGAUGAGUAUGAUGUUCCUCAAGGAAUGAAUCUCAGUCCAAAUGAUAAGCAUUACAGGAGGACAGUACAUAGCCUCAGUGCAAGCUCAAUGGAAGAUGAGGCAGGUAGUAGCUACAGUGUGGAUACUGCCAAAAGAAAAAUAAACCUGGGUAAUGAUAAACCACUGGCAAGUAAGCCUGACACUAGCAUUGCCAGUCCUGCAUUCCGUCCUAAGCUAGGGAUUUUGACAAGCAACCCCACCACAGGGCGCUCCAAUGUGGGUGAUUACUCAUGUGGAGAUAGCUUCUUCGAUGUCUCCUUCACCCAAGAGGCAGCUAAUGGCACCCUAGGUAAAGUAGUGCCACCCAAGACUGCUACACCCAAGUUUUCCUUUGGUGGGAAGAAAUCUUUGAGCACAAGCACUCCAGGAAAUGCCUCUCUCCCCGAGCCCUUGAAAUUGAACAAUAAAGUUAACCCUAGUCAGCGUAUUGAAGAUCCAGAUCCAUCAGAAUUCCCUGAUUUUGACAUGGAUUGCGAUUUUCUUGAUGAACCUCAGACACAGUACAGUAACAAGAAGCCAACCAGCUUUGGAAACUUUUCUCAGACAGCUAAAAGCAAGUCAGGUCCUGUCAAGACUGGAGGUGCAGGAAAUAAUUCUCAAGCGUUUGACGAUGAUUUUGAUGAUGACCUUGACGAGUCUAUGACACUGGGGUCAGGAGUGAGGUAUUCGGAUAAUGGCAACAUUGAUUAUACCAAAGUCAUGUACAAAACGUCAAAGAAGAAUGAUACUCCUUCACCAAAGAAAAGAGGAUCGGAAACGCAAGGCCGAUUUCAUGGCAACGUUCAGAAUGAUGGUGUUACUGGAGAGUUCAGUGGCAUGAAUUAUCCACAUACCAGGGAGAUGUUAAAAAUAUUUCACCAGCGUUUUGGUCUGAAGAAAUUUCGAGAAAACCAGAAGGAGGUUAUUAAUGCAGCUCUUCUUGGGAAAGACUGUUUUGUACUCAUGCCAACAGGUGGUGGAAAAAGUUUAUGCUAUCAGCUGCCUGCAUGUGUCACAGAAGGUGUGAGCAUUGUUGUCUCACCCCUCAAGUCACUUAUCCAGGACCAAGUGCAGAAACUGGCUUCACUGGAUAUUCCAGCUGCUCAUUUGUCUGGAGAUGUGACACAGAGAGAUGAGACUCUUGUUUAUUCUGAGCUGAUGAAACGUGAACCAGGUUUGAAGCUGCUCUAUGCCACACCAGAAAAGAUUAGUGCCAGUCAGAAAUUUUGCAGUGUUCUAGAAAACCUGUACCAGCGACAGAAGUUGGGAAGAUUUAUCAUCGAUGAAGCCCAUUGUGUGUCUCAGUGGGGACAUGACUUCAGACCCGAUUACAAGAAGCUGAGUGUGCUACGACAGAGGUAUCCUAAUGUACCUGUAAUUGCAUUGACAGCAACGGCAACACCUCGCGUCAGAGUAGACAUCCUGCACCAGCUAGGGCUUACUGACCCUAAGUGGUUCCUAAGCAGUUUUAACAGAUCAAACUUGAGGUAUGAAGUAUUACCCAAGAAAGGUAAGAAAAUCACCACUGAAAUUUCUGCUGUUAUCAAGGCUAAAUAUUCAGGGCAGUCGGGCAUCGUUUACUGUCUCUCCAGAAAGGAAUGUGAUACAACUGCUGAUGAUUUGGCCAGAGCUGGGAUUAAGGCAGUGAGUUACCAUGCUGGUCUGUCUGAUAAUCAGAGAGUCAACGUUCAGACGCAGUGGAUCAACGACAAGUUUAAGGUUGUGUGUGCAACUAUUGCCUUUGGUAUGGGCAUAGACAAGCCUGAUGUUCGCUUUGUGAUUCACUACUCACUGCCUAAGAGCAUAGAAGGGUAUUACCAGGAAUCAGGCAGAGCAGGCAGGGAUGGAGAGAUUGCAGAUUGUAUUCUGUACUACAGUUACGGAGACAUGCACCGUCUUAGAAAGAUGAUUGACAUGGACAGAGAGAACUGGGAGGCCAAAAAAACACAUUAUGACAACCUCUGGCGGAUGGUGGCGUACUGUGAGAACAAGAUGGAUUGCAGAAGGACACAAUUGCUAAACUACUUUGGUGAAAUCUUUAGCAGGGAGAAAUGCAAGAUGGACAGGUUUACUGCUUGUGAUAAUUGUAAAUAUCAUGAAUCCUAUCAAAAAGUGGAUGUCAGUCGUGAGGUCAGAGCCAUCCUCCAGGCAGUGAGGCAAUUGUGCACUGGCGGCAGGUGGUCCAAUAACUUCACUAUCAAUCAUUUUGUUGAUAUCUUUAAAGGUUCUGAAGCCAAGAAAAUUGUUGACAAUGGCCACAAUAGACAUCCUCUUCAUGGGAUGGGCAAGUCAUGGGCUCGUAGUGAGGGUGAGCGCCUCUUCAGAAGACUCGUACUUGAGAGCUACUUACAAGAGGACAUGGUCAUAACAAGAGAUGAAAUGGCCUGUGCAUACCUUCGUCCGGGAACAAAGUGCCAGCAGUUCCUCAGCAAUGCCAGUGCCAAGUUUGAGUUUGAGAUGAAAGGAGCAGCGAAGGACAACCAGAAUGAUGCCAAUGAUGCAGAUCUUGCAAAUAGUGAGGAUGAAGAGCUUAAGCAACUGCAGAAUGAGUGUUACCAAGCUCUUCUACAAAUAGUUAAGGAACUUGCAGCAGCUAAAGGUGUCAAUUACACUAAUAUUAUCAACAUGGUGGCUUUAAGAUUGAUGUCAAAGUCUCUUCCUGAGAGCGAGGAAGAGAUGCUCAGAAUACCUCAUGUAACAAAAGCAAACUAUGACAAAUAUGGUCAUUCUUUGCUUGACGUCACACAGCGAUUUGCUGCUCAGAAAUUAGUAAUUCUGAGUGAUAGAGCUGAUGCAGAAUUUGAAGAAUCGGGUUUCAAUGAUGGGGAUGGAGACACAACGGGAUGGCUCAGCUCUGUUUCUGCUCCAGAGCCCUCAUCGAGUUCCUCUCCAUACUUUGGGAGGGGAAGCCUGACUCGUAAAUUUGGCAGAGGGGUAAAACGGAAAAGGAAAGUACACUGGGGGAGCAAAGCGUGGAAGGUACACAAAGGCCAGCUCAGGAGACACCACCUACAGUCCCACCAAGACAACUCGCUCAAGAGGCACAAGCUCUCGUGCUGGAUCUUCAGCAGGACGGGGACAGACCAGGGGAUCCAGGGGAGCAGGAGCGAGAACGGCAGCAUCAGCAGGAGCUGGAAGAGGUCAAGCAGCUAGCAGCAAGCUUGGCCUUUUAAACAUUCCAACACCACGGUCCUUCAUGCCACAGCCUAGGGUUGUGCAGCUUUGAGCAUGUGUAAUAAGAGUCUUUGAAGCCGAGCAUUGAACAUUUGUAAGAUACAGGUCAUCUGUCAUACAUUUUACAUUCUUCAUUUUCUUUCAAACUAGAAGUGCCUGAUGUUCAUUUCUGUAGAAUUGUAAAUCUUUACAUAACAAAGAAAAGAAAGAAAGAAAGAAAGAAAGAAAGAAAGAAAGAAAGAAAGAAAGAAAGAAAGAAAGAAAGAAAGAAAGAAAGAAAGAAAGAAAGAAAGAAAGAAAGAAAG